AUGCAACAUCCAACUGUUGUGGAAGCUGAAACACAAGCAACUCCAUCUACUCGUAAACUUCCAUCUAACCACAAAAAUGGAGUUGGCAGCAUCCAAAUAGCUAAGAAAAGGGCUAAGAAGGGUGGCAUGACCACUAAUUCAGCUAUAGCUAAUGUGUCAUCUCAACUUGGUGAGCUGAAACCGAUAUUAUUCAAAGCUGUGGAAGCACUUGGAUCCAUAACAGGUGAUCGAGAUGGUGACAACAGCAAGCAGGCUGCCUUGAUCAAGGAGAUAAGCAAGAUUGAUGGACUCACUCGUGGCCAAGUCAUUGAUGCUACUAUGGCUUUGGUAGACAAUGAUCCAAAGACUAAACUUUUCUAUGCUUUGGAAAGCGAUGAAGACCGAUGCUACUUCAUCAAGAAUCUGCUACGCUAA